AUGAUGGAAAAAUCUUUUCAAUUUUGCAGCCGCGAAGCAACCAUCAAAGCGCUCAAAUCUGAAGUGCAGAAGUUUAACAGCAGAGUGGACAGAGCCUGUGCGCGUGCUUUAAACCUGGAUAGAAUGACUCGGGAGUAUUUCACAAAGAUGAUCCCCAAAGACAUGAACAACAACACGCCAUCUUGUUCUGGGAGAGAAUCUGGAAAUCCAGAAGACGGAUUAGUACAUAGUCAGGGACGAAUUUUGGAGUUUCUGAAGAGACCUGGAAGAAAAAUAAGGGUCCCAAACAGAAAACAAGAGGAAAAAUCUCCCAGCUUUUGGUGCAGAGUCAAACAGUUCUUUGGAUUCCAAUGAUUGAUUCAAUAUCGAUUUGUUUUAUUACUUGCUAUAUUGACAUAUCAUGAACUUAUAUAAGUUACAGUAUUUGAAUACAAUUAUGUGUGACAUUUCAAAGAAUAUACAUAUAUGUAAAACUUUUAUGUUGGUUUGUCAUUUG